ACUCCAAGCUAUCUGAUCUGACACAUUUGAGCGCUCAUAUUCCAUUCGGUGGCUUACCACUCUAAUCGCACAGCUCAAGGUCUGGCAAUACUUAUCGCACUCUAAGGAAUUCUCAUUGGAUGAUCUUGGGAUGCCAGAGCCUACCUUGGCUUACACAGAGAUACUGGUCCAACAAGCUGCGUCACUACUCGUGAUUUGUGCCGGUGUCGCUGCUGCUGGAAUGAUCACCCGUAACUUCAUUUUUGGUUCAAUAGAUGGGCAGAGGCGAGUGGAAGCUCAGCUCACAGAUAUUCCGCUGGACAACAAUGACUACGGGAGUGUGGGAGCGCAGACAUGGGGCAGGGCAUGUGUCUUGGCAGAAAUGAUCAUGUAAGAUCCUGAGCGGUUUGGACUGGAUUCUUCCUCUCACAUCCUUGAAUCAUGCAGGCUCAAUGUCCUUGAGCUCAGAGCAGGAACAGGGUUGGUUAGCUUAGUGGUUAUGAAAUUACUGGAUGCAUUGCUGUCUUUC